CCGCCGGGGCCGCCGCGGGGGAAGGGCCGGGCGGAGGGGCCGUCCCGCCCCGCCGCGGGGAGGAGCUCGGCCGCACCACUUAAGCACGGCGGCCGGCGCUGCCCCGCGGCCGGGCUGGCCAUGGAGGCGGCGCGGGAGUACGCGGGCUCGCUGGUGCGAUCUUUGGUAUCCAUGGGAGCAUCUGUAGGAGCGGUAACAAAACAGACCCUGUUCCCUCCUCUCAUGCCUGCAGGGCGACCUUUCCGUGUGUCGAAUGCCUCCCGAAGCAGCCGGAAAGGAAUUGUUGCAAGCAGUCUGCAAGAGCUCAUCAGCAAGACUUUAGAUGCCUUCCUUAUAUCUGCUGGAAUAGUUACUCUGGUUUUGGAGGAAGAUGGCACAAUUGUGGAUACAGAAGAGUUCUUCCAGUCCCUGGAUGAUAAUACGCACUUCAUGGUUCUAGAAAAAGGACAGAAAUGGACACAAACACGAAAUGGAGUCACCACCCUGAGACAAAAGAAGAAAAUGGGAGUAGCUAACAUCACAUUUGAUUUGUACAAGCUGAACCCUAAGGAUUUUAUUGGCUGCUUAAACAUCAAGGCAACCUUCUAUGAGAUCUACUCUGUCUCAUAUGACAUCAAAUGUAUGGGAGCGAAAAGUGUAUUGCGGAAGAUACUUCAGCUAAUGUCCCAUGCAGCACAAAUAAUCGGACAAUUUCUUCUCUAUACUGGAACGUAUAUGUUGCAGUUGAUGGGUGAAUAUGAUGAAGACGUCCCAUGUAGAAGAUCAAGGCGGGAGUAGUCAGCACAGCUACACUUCUGAUAUCUGCCCAACUGGCAUUGAGGUACAAAAGUGUGAAGUGUACUUCUUUACUCCUUCUGACAAUGGAACUACACAAUACAGCUGAAUCCUGAUUCUCUCAUUAAGUCUGAUUUGAAGAAAGUGCAACUAAACAGAAGCUUAAUAUUUAGCCUUAUUUCCCUUAAAACAAAGAAAAACCUUUCAUUAUGACUCAUUAUAUUACUAUAGCUCAUACCAGUUGAAGAAGCUGAUGUAUUUCUUUUAUGA